AGUGAAUGAGGUGUGACGCAGAAAUGGUUAAUGGGCGGACAGGCAGCAGCAGGAGCAGGUGGAGAGACGAUGAGCAGAGCAGUGCUGUGUGCCGACAGCUGGGGAUGAGCAGUGGAGAAGUAAGCAAUGAUUGCUGUUCCCUAAUUGGCACUACAGAAGAUUAGAUUGUUGCAAGUGCAAGCUACAGUCAGGUUUUAAAGAAGAUUAGAGGCAUGGUUUCUCAGUCUGUCUGUGUCGUUGAACGGGGCUCUGGUGAAUAACACUUAAUAAACUCUCGUCGAAGUCAGCGGACAGAGAAAACGCAUUUAUGGGAAAUGAAUGUGACCAGGAAACGGCAACCUGAGCUGAUCGAACGACCGGCCAGCCUUUUUGUUCAGACUUCGACAAAAUCUGGAAUUGCUUUGCUGUACAAUGAGGAGACCAACAAUACCUACGACGUCUGCCUGAAACUGACCAGAGAGGCAUUAACCAUACAGAAGCUGGAUGUGGUCUGCACAAGUCGAAGUGAAUCCCAAGUAAAUAAACUCCCACUUUCUAAAGCACAGAACUGUUGUACUGCGAAGACAGGCGACUGGCGGUCUGGGCUUAAGCAUCAAAGGAGGUGCGGAGCACAAUGUGCCUGUGGUUAUUUCAAAGAUUUUCAGAGAUCAACCGAUCAGACGGGGAAACUAUUUGUUGGAGACGCCGUGUUGCAGGUCAAUGGCAUAAAUGUAGAGCAUUGCAGUCAUGAGGAAGUCGUUCACCUCUUGCGUACUGCUGGAGAUGAGGUCACCAUCACUGUUCGGUAUCUGCGAGAAGUCCCAUCAUUUCUAAAACUGCCUCUAGGCUCUCCCGGGCCGUCCAUAGACCACAGCAGUGUGUCUUCUCCACUCUUUGACAGUGGCUUACAUUUAAAUGGAAACAACACAGCUCCAUCACCCCCUUCGCCCUCAGCUAAUGAACCAAAGUAUGAGAAGCGCUGGCUGGAUGCUGUCUCCUUGCCCUUGUUGAUGGCCAGAGUCUCCAGAUACAAAGCUGGCACAGAUAGAUUGAGGUCCAACUGUUUCGAAGUCCUCACCUUGGAUGGAGCCAGCACCAAUAUUCUUCAAUUUUGCACCGCGACAGAAAGCACAGACUGGCUCCAAGCAAUAUCUACAAAUAUCAACGAUUUGACACAGGAGAAUAUAAAGAUAAUCAACAAAUACAGCUCUUCAGAUGAUCAGAUUGUUCAUGUGGGCUGGACAUGUGAAAGCCCAGAGGACAGUGCUGGUGGUAGAACUUGUGCAUUCAAGUUUCUGGCACUGAGAGGACCGUAUUUUUAUAUCUUCAGAAGUCCACCGAUCAGUGCCGCUGACUGGGGACAAGCUGAAACGACAUAUAACCUCACUGAGAUGCUUUUCAAGGUUCACAAGCUGUGGAUGGCCGAGGACUGCUGGCUCCAGGCGAGGCUCUACUUGGGGCUGGAGCAUUCGCCUGAGCAGCAGGAUAAUGAGUCUCUGUGCUUCAGUAUUCUGGUCGGCCACGGCCAGAGCCACACCUUCAGGGUAGAGCUGGCCACUGACCUGGCCAUGUGGGAGAAGUCCUUCCAAAGAGCUGUCUUCUUGGAAGUGCAGCGAAUACGAUCCAAAAGCUACACAUGCAGCAGUCAGGGGAGCAUAUUGUGCUUCACCAUAGAUUUUGGUUCAGGGUUCACCUGCUCCAACCGCACUUCAGAGGUUAUACUGUGGCGAUAUAAGUUCUCUCAACUGAAAGGCUCCUCUGAUGAUGGGAAAACCAGGGUAAAACUCCUUUUCAAGAAUGCUGAAAGCAGGCAAAUAGAAAUGAAGGAACUAGAAUUUGCUAAUCUGACAGCCGUCCUCCACUGCAUACAUUCUUUUAUUGCUGCCAAAGUGGCCUCCAUGGACCCUCUCUUUAAAUGCAGUCAAAGCUUCCUUGGAAAUGACAUGAACAGUUAAAAAAAACACCUUGUCAUCAUCAUGUGCGCCUGAGGCCAAUCAGCAGUAUUUCAUGCACAGAGCCAGUUGAUAUGUAUAUCAUGUUCUUGCUAUUUUUUAUAUGAACUACUGAAGAGAAAUAUUUGUAAAAGACUGUAGAGGUAAAUGUAUGAAAUGGAAAGAGAAUGUUAAAUGUUUGACAAGUAGAAAAAAAAGAUUGAUAGUUCUUCCAUUUUUUUUCUCCCAUUACAUUACUGGCACUGAUUCUGAUAGGUUUACUUGUCUACCAGGUCACUUAUAGUACUGUAGCUUCCAUGUGGUAUGCAACUGCAAAUAUUUGACAAUGUGAAAUGGAUUCCCAAAUAUAGCAACUGCCAGUGUAUUUAGCAGAAUGUCUAUGAAGAAUUUUGAUGUACCUACACCUAGUAAGUAUAGUGG